GCCAAAACGAGCCGGAGGGGACGGCGCAGGCGCAAGCGGCGGGCCCGGGCUCUGCGCAUGACAGCGGGCCGGGGAGGUCAGAGGUUGCCUUUAUCUAAGAUGGUGAGGACGAGCCAGUGAUCUCAGGUGGCGGAUGCGACCAAUGGUGGGACCCAACGCGGUCGAGCCCGAGGGGGGAGGAGGCGAUGCCGGGGCACCAGUCGGCCCGGGCAGCCCCGCCGCCAUGGUGAGCGCCCUGCCCGAUGCCGACAAGGAGGUGAAGAAGCUGCAGGAUCUGGUGAAGAAACUGGAGCUGCAGAACGAGCAGCUCCGGAUCCGGAGCGGCCGCGGAGGAGCUAAGGGGGCCGUCGGCGUCGGGCCGCUUCCUCCGCCCGGCCGGGCCCCCGGGCCCACUGGCGGUGUCGGUGACGGGCUCGAUAUGCAGCUGAGUCCCGGCGACCCUCUGCUGUCCGAAUACGAGGCGUUGUUCGCUGGAGGCGGCACCGUUACCGGCUGUUGGCUGCGCUCUCCGGGCGCCGACGACGAGCAGCCACAGUCGGUGUUCCUGGAGGAGGAUGUCCUGGACCUGGAGCUCGACCCGGAUCCGGCCGCUGUGGAGGAAGAUAGUUGGCUAUAUGUUUCACCAAAGAAGACGGCAACAACAGACCGUGACCAGAAGGUGCAAAAUCCUUUGAAAUGGUGCAGACAGGUGCUUGAUCAUCCUAGCCCAGAAACUGAAGCAGCCUGCCGUAGUCUCAUGUGCCGACUUGAUCAAGCCAACAGAUGGAGAAACAUCUAUUGCACUCCGUUUUCCUCAUCCUGUGCUUAUAGCUCCAAUACAGAUGUCACUUCGUGUAGCAAUCUCUUAAACUCUACUGGUUUCCUCAAAGCGUCUACUAAAACAGUACUAACUUAUGGCAGUUCAGGUUAUCCAUCCAUUCAUUCGGCACUAAGUUCCCAGUCGUCAAUUGACAGUGAGCUAAGCACAUCUGAUGACUCUAUCUCCAUGGGCUAUAAAUUGCAAGAUCUGACAGAUGUCCAGAUCAUGGCUCGAUUGCAGGAGGAAAGUCUUCGUCAGGACUAUGCUUCCAGUUCAGCAUCAGCUUCCCGCCGUAGUUCCAGUGCCUCUCUAAAUUCCUUGAGGAGAGGUACCUACAGUGAUCAGGAGUUUGACACUUACAGUCUGGAUGAUGAAGAUGAAUAUGAUUACUCUUUAUCUCAGCGCAGUGUGCACAGAUACUCGCCUUCGCCACGAAAUUCACCUCGAUCACAGUCUCCAGUUAGAGGAGCAGCAACCCCAGGAAGAGUUCGGCCAUCACGACGCUGUUUGCAGGGUCGUGUGUCUGAACUGAUGAAUUAUACAAAGAAUCAAGAUGAAAUGCGUCGUAGUAUGCCCAAUCUGGCCAAGACUGGAAUUCGCUGCUCUGAUUCUGGUAGAAGCAGUCGAAGCUUUGAAUCUAAUUUGCAAAUGCCGAACAGUCGAAUUUCACGUUUGCAGCAGUCUCCAGCAGGUCCGUCUGCUGGAAAGCUCAGGUACACUGGUAAUGGCAAUCAGACUUCGUUCUCUAACAGACAGCCUGUGAAAGCAAUUGCUAACAGUAACUCUCCCUUAACGACAAGGCAUUCAGUGAAAACAACAGGAUACCCAGGUUCUGGGAGUAGUGUUCGUAGAAUCCAGUCUCCUACUUGUUCAGGCACUUCACCAACUGGGAUUGCCUCCACUGGCAGAUCCUCCAGUUCAGCACCUGUACCAAGGAGCACCCCAACCAAGUCGCGAGUUACUUGCACUGCCACAACCACAGUUUCCAAGAGCAAACUCUUGCAACCCGCUAGGAGGACUCUGCAACUCCCGAAGACACAAAGUACCAUGACAGAAGAGAAGUGGAAAGAAGGCUGUUACUGAAGGCACAAAGUUUUGCAAACUUAUGGCACUUGAAAGCCCAGCUGGCUGGGCCAACUUCAAAUAAACACAGGAAAGCAAAGUCCAGUUUCUGACAAUGGAACAAUGUUUUGUAAAAGUUUUAAAUGUUAGUGGCAAUCUGCCAGGAUUUUGAUUCCUGGGUCUGUGUUGAUUGCAUCAUCAGCCCAGUUGUGUAAAGCCAGGUUGUGCCAUUAGGUACCUUAAAUUUACUAGUUUACGUAUUUAUGCAUUGCAACCCCAAACUGACAUUGAACAUGAGGGUGGAAUUAUGUAAAAGAUCUUUAAAUAGCAAAAGCAAUCACCUUUUGCCUUGACGCUUUUAUUGUCUAAACCUUUUUACAUUCCUAGUUUUAAAUGAGUUUAUCACAAAAUGGGAACAGUGCUUAGAAUAUUUGAAGAUUCCAUUGCUUGGCUAUAUUCCUAAGUUUAUAAUUCAUGUAAAGUUUUCACUAAAGCAACAUUUUAUUUUAAUGUUGCAAUAGGGAUACAUUGCAUGGACAACUUGACUGUUCCCCUCAAGUGGAUGUGUGAACAACUAUCACAAGGUUCAAGGGUAUCUAAUAACACCUUGCAAUGUCACGGUGCCGAGGAAGCUGUUGACUCCAUCUCUAAGUACAGAAAGACAGCGUUCAUUAGGAGAAAUGUGCUGGAGUUCCUAGUGUUUAUGAAAUUAUUCAGCUGUAACUACCACAGGCUUCCAAACCUACAGCAUGACUGAACUGUGGAAUGUGUGCUUAAAAUGAUUUUGUCCUGAAUUUAGUGGACCAAUCUGUCUGGGCCAUUAUUUUACACUGCCAGGCUAUUGACUUUUUAAGAGCAGAAGUUAAAUUUGUCAUCAGUUUUACCAGUGCAGACACCUAUAGUGUUUAGAGCAGCAAGUGGCUUUGCAUCAGGUACUGAAUUUUCAAUUCCAGGGCAAGCUGCACCAGGAUCACUUGUUAUCUAGAACUGACUUGAGGACAGACAGACAAAUUCAACUCAUCCAUCUUGUUACUUCAGUAUGAAAUUGAAGUUAAAUUUAAUUCAGUCAAUCCUCAUUGUUUAUUAUGACAGACCAAAGUAACUUAAUUGGUUGACUGCUUCCCCGAUGUGAACUGUAUCAAUCAUCAUUUGAGUCUGUUGGGAUUGUGCCAAUUUGGCUUUCGCUGAAUUAUUUGGUUUAGUUAGAAAUUCUCCCUGCCAUAUUCUCUUCCCUUCUUUGCACAUUCAUGUUUUAGUUAAAGCAUUUGCAGAACAAUCUCCUUACAUGAUGAAAUAGCUACUCAAAUGUAUUGCUUCCUCCUGCAGCCAUAGGCUUAUCUGUUAAAUGUUUUUAAAAUUAAGAAUGAGUAAUAAAAUGUUAAUGUUACCACAUUUUAUUAGAAGUACUGUAGAUUUGUACAAGACGCUAAGCCAUUGCUGCAGGGAAACUUCUGGGCAUUUUGCUUCAGAUUUUUAUUUGGCUUUAGGGAAGAAGAAGAUGUACGUGUUGUAGGAGUAUAUAGUUUGAUGUAAUGACUGACUUUGUUUUAGCCAGUAUUGACAUGUUCACAUUCAAUUUCCCUAGUCUGAUUUGGAGGGUAGAACACCCCCAAUUGCACCAUAUUGGGUUAAGGAAAGAAUUUAGGAUGGUUAAUUGCAAACCGGUAUGAGUGUGGGAUUCAGUCUUCAAAUGUUUCAUGUGCAACAACACUGAGUUAGUAGUAAAGUCUGUGCUGUGAUGUGGAUUUUACUAUUACUGUCUUCAAGCAGCUGAUUUACAUGACCAAUUUUUUCAGUUUUGUAUUUUAGUUCUUAAAGGACGUUACUGAAGGAUCUUUGAAUUUGUGUAUUGCGGAGUCUUUAUAAGAUAGUGUAAAGGGUCUGAUUUUUCAGUUGUACACCAGCAUGAAGUCGUGUUUUUAUUUCUUCACUUUGCUUGCAAUAAUGGGGUAAUAAAUGUAAAAGGCAUUCAACUUGAA